AACAUCUUUGUAUAACUCUUGAGAAUAUAGCACAUUCAUUAGAUAGAAAUUAACAUCUUUAUUUUGUUGGUAACAUCAUGAUAAGAAACUUUCUUAUUUUAAUAUUCUAUGCAUUGGUUGUGUUGCCCUCCAUUUUUGGAUUCAACUCAUCAAUGAUGUGCAAAGAGAAUGAGAGACAUGCUUUGCUCAAAUUCAAAAAAGGCCUUCAUAUUGAGUUUGGCAGGUUGUUGGCUUCAUGGAAGGACAAUCCAAAUGAAGAUUGCUGCAAAUGGCCGGAAAUUGGUUGCAACAAACAAACAGGUUAUGUCGAAAUGCUUUAUCUGAAUCCUUGGUCUCGAAAGAGUUACUUUUUCAGUGGUAACAUGAGUUCUUCAAUAACUGAGCUACAACAUCUAAAAUAUUUAGACCUCAGUUAUUUGAAAGGUAACAUUCAAAUCCCAACAUUUAUUGGCUCCUUUAGCAAGCUACGAUAUCUUGAUCUCUCACAUGGUGGUUAUCAUGGGAAGAUUCCUUCUCAAAUGGGGAAUCUUUCACAUUUGCGACACCUUGAUCUUAGCGGGAAUGAACUAAGUGAAGCAAUUCCUUUCCAAUUCACCGAUGGUGAGUGGAUAUCAAAUCUCUCAUCUUUGAGGUAUGUUGACUUGAGUGAUGUUCAAAUUCUCAAUGAUUCUUCUCAUCACACAUUUCAACUCCUAGCAAAGCUUCCAAUCCUUGAUGAGUUACAUCUAUCGAAUUGUGGCCUUUCUGAUGACAACAUCCCUGCAUUAUCUGAUUCUCACAUGAACUUUUCCACUUCUCUCACUGCCCUUGAUCUUUCCGAUAAUCAGUUGACAUCAUCAAAGAUAUUUCAAUGGGUGUUUGGCCACAGUUCCAAACUUCAAAAGCUCUACCUUGAUGGUAACUUGUUAAAAGGUACCAUUCCUCAUGAUUUUGGAAACAUCAUGCAUUCACUUGCAACUCUCUCUCUCUCUGGGAAUCACCUAGGAGGAAACAUUCCAAAAUCUAUUGGAAAUAUAUGCACCUUGCGGACAUUUUACGCUAACGACAACCAAUUGAGCGGAGAGAUUUCAGACUUUAUCAUCCAUCAUAACUAUUCCGAAUGCAAGCAAAAUUCAUCCUCGUUAGAAGCUAUAUGGUUGAGAAAUAAUCAGCUUUCAGGCAAGUUACCUGACCUUUCAAGCCUCUCAUCUUUGAAAAUUUUGCUUCUUGAUGGUAAUAAAUUAUCUGGAGAAAUACCCACAAGCAUCGGAUCGGUUACAGAGUUAGACACUUUGUCCCUUUACAAAAACUCUUUGAAAGGUGUAAUCUCUGAAUCUCAUUUCACUAACCUCUCCAACUUGCACUACUUAUUUUUAUCUUACAAUUCCUUGACUAUGAAGGUUAGUGAUGAUUGGGUUCCUCCUUUUCAAUUGAAAAAUUUAGGUCUAAUGUCUUGUAAUUUCAAUUCUAGAUUUCCUAAUUGGCUUCAAACACAAAACAACUUAGGAUAUCUUGACCUUUCAAAUGUGGGUAAUCUACCUCCAAUACCUGCUUGGUUUUGGGGAAAAUUGCAAACCUUAGAUUUUAUGGACAUUUCAAACAACAGCCUCCCAGGAAAAAUUCCAAAUUUAAAACUCAAGCUUAACCACGAUCCUUAUAUAGAUUUAAGUUCAAAUCAACUUGAAGGUUCCAUUCCUCCUUUUUUAUUGCAAAUAGGAGCACUCUUUCUUUCCAAUAACAGAUUUAUAGAUUUAGAUUCCUUUCUAUGCAGCAAAAGUGAACAAGGUCGUUUUAAAAUGUUAGAUUUGUCAAACAAUGAAUUCAGAGGUGAAUUGCCUAAUUGUUGGUAUAAUAUAACUGAUUUAAGGUUUGUUGAUCUGAGCAAUAACAUGUUGUCAGGAAAGAUUCCCAUCUCAAUGGGUUCCCUUCCAUAUCUUGAGGCUUUGAUUUUAAGAAAUAAUAGUUUGAGUGGACAAGUUACUUCGUCCUUGAAGAACUGCACCAAUUUGGGUUUCUUGGACCUUGGAGAAAAUAUGUUUGAUGGUCCAUUACCUUCUUGGAUUGGAGACAGCUCCUCAUUAGUACUCUUAAGUCUUCGGUCUAAUAAGUUCUAUGGAAGUCUGCCUUUAAACCUCUGUUAUUUGAGAAAACUUCAAGUAUUAGAUCUGUCACAGAAUAACUUAUCAGGAGGAAUUCCAUCAUGUGUUCAGAAUUUUACUUCAAUGACUCAGCCCAACAUCAGCUCAACUAUAGCAGUGUUUCAUAAUAUAACCUAUAGCUAUCAUUACGGGUCUUAUACAAAAGCUAUUGAUAUCUACUUAUGCUUGAUGUGGAAAGGUGUAGACGUUAUUUACAAACAUGCAGAUAAGUUUUUAAAAAGCAUUGAUCUCUCAAGCAACCAUCUUACAGGGGAAAUACCAACAGAAAUGGAGUACUUAUUUGGAUUGACUUCCUUAAACUUGUCAAGGAACAAUCUCACUGGGGAAAUCAUUUCAAAAGUGGGAAACUUAAACUCACUCGAAUUUCUUGAUCUAUCAAGAAAUCAUCUGUCAGGAAGAAUCCCGUCGAGUCUAGUUCAAAUUGAUCGUCUCAGUAUGUUGGAUUUGUCAAACAAUCAGCUCUAUGGAAAAAUUCCAAUUGGAACACAGUUGCAGACCUUUAAUGCUUCAAGUUUUGAAGGAAAUUCUAAUCUGUGUGGACAACCACUUGAUAGAAAGUGUCCUGGAGAAGAUCCACCGAAACAUCAAGUGCCAACAAAUGAUGAUGCAGGAGAUGAGAAUUCAGUAUUUUUGGAAGCAUUAUACAUGAGCAUGGGAAUAGGAUUCUUCACUGGUUUUGUUGGCUUUGUAGGAUCAGUAUUGUUCGUACCCUCUUGGAAAGAAAGCUAUUCCAGAUUGUUGAACACUUUGAUAAUGAAAGCCAUCACGUGGUGGAAGGAGUGAAUGCACCUCUCUAGUUACUCUAAAGUGGAUGAACGAUAAACAGGAUGAUCUUCUAUGACUAUUGUACGGGAUGAGUGCAUCUUUCGCUGUUUUAUAAUAAUGUUGUUCGUUAAGUAAUGUGUAGUUCACUUUUUGUUAAUGGAUAGGAUGGAUGCCUAUUCUUGUUGUGUACUAAAUAAAAUGAAUGCCAUUUUGUUAUAACCUUACUGUCACAAAGUUUUAUCGUGUUUUGUUAAGCUUUCGUGUUUGGUAGUUUAUGUAAUCGAUUAUAUGCUAU